AUGACGUUAUUUUUGGCAAUCCAGCUAUGGGAUACAGCAGGCCAGGAGCGCUUCAGAAAGAGCAUGGUGCAGCACUAUUACAGGAAUGUACAUGCUGUUGUGUUUGUAUAUGAUAUGACAAACAUUGCCAGUUUUCACAGUCUGCCAUCAUGGAUAGAGGAAUGCAAACAACACCUUCUUGCCAAUGAUAUACCACGGAUUCUUGUUGGAAAUAAAUGUGACCUGAGGAGUGCUAUUCAGGUACCUACGGACUUGGCCCAGAAGUUUGCUGAUACUCACAGUAUGCCGUUAUUUGAAACCUCUGCCAAAAACCCCAAUGACAAUGACCACGUGGAGGCCAUAUUUAUGACACUGGCUCACAAGCUUAAAAGUCACAAGCCAUUAAUGCUUAGUCAACCCCCAGAUCGCGAUGAAAUACAUAUAAAGCCUGAACCAAAACCUGCCAUGACCUGCUGGUGUUAAAUCAUACUAUUAUCAGCUAUCACCUUGUCUUGUUUGCAAACGCUUCAAAAUUAUGAUCUUGGCAAAGUUCCAGGUUUUGGUAGCAAUUAUAGUGGAUCUCUUUGGCACUUUAAUGUGGUUUUUUUUUUUCCUGGUGUAGAUGUGCCCAUCUCAUGUUCUUGCACUUUGUAAUUGUACUUUCUGAAUUACUGAAGUUUCACUAUAAAUAUACGGGAAAGUAAACUUUCAAGUGAAGUUUUGACAAAGCAAUUCUACUUGAGCUCUUGCUGCCUGAGAUUGUUUUCGUCACUUGUGGUAAGGUUAUAAAUCGUGAGCCAGUUUACUAACAUUUUUGGUUGCUACUUGCAUUGGAAUAAUGUAGGAGAAAAAGUGUUUUGUGACAGAUAGCUUGAUUUUUGGGUCAGCGAGUGGGGAGAUUUUUGGUAUAUGAAGGAAUAUUUGGUGACCGCUAGCAAAUUGCUAAGCAAGUACCUUUUUAUUUAAAAAACAAAAACCAGGACUGUCAGAUAAAGUUUGGGCUGUCAGUGUGGGUGCAAACUGCUAGCUUUUGGCCUGUCACUCCACUGUAAACUUUGUCUGUUUCUUCAUGGCAAUGGUAAGAGAAUUGACAAACUUGUCCCUACCUCUAGACAAUAAUUUGAUACUUAAAACUUUAUUAAUUUUUCAUAAUUAGCAUGUAAAACUAAACUAUGCAUUCCUUAUGGAAAGUACUGUAGCACAGGAUUUGGGGUAAAUUUGGGACUAUAACUGUCCAUAACUUCUCUGACCUUACUAAAACUUCAACGAGGACUUACUUCUAAAGAUGCUGUAUUUGAGUUGAGUGUCCCAGGGUAAGUAAAAACACUUAAGUAAAUAAAAGAUUGAAGUUGGCAAAAGUAUACUGGUUUUCAAAGGUAGGGGUUUUGGAGGAUUUUAGUGAUGAUGAAUCCUUUUCAAAUGUCUUGAAAAAGCUUUCUAUGACUAAUUUGAUAACGUAUUUGAGGGAUGGAAAUGCUUAGGACAAAAUGCUAGGAAUAUGGGACUUCCUUAAAAUACUUCUGAAUACAAAAUAAACUAGAUCUUGAAAUAUGGAGAAAAUCUGCCAAAUACAUAAUCUGUUACAGAUUUUUGAGCUAAAACCUGCUUGUGUUAUGUCGUGGCUGUAUGUUGGGCAUCCUUGGCAUUACUAAUGUGAGUUAGUGGUGGGUCAGGUGAGGGAAAUUACUCCUCUAGAACCAUCUUCUUCUGUGUUCUCAUCAUUGCAACCAUCUUAUCUCAGCUCUGUCUGAAGGUCAAGUUUCAUAACAAAAAUGGUGCUAGGUUGCACGUAAUUACAUAAAGCGAAAUGUAAGCCAUAGAAUGCAAUCUAUGACUUCAUUCGGAUGCCAUGUCAAACAAUGUUUUGUGACUUAGUUUUUUAAGGAAUUGAAGUAAAAAUGAAGACUUUUGAUUUGCAAUGUGUAGCAUGUGAUGCUGACUGGAAACUAAACGGAAGGGCCAGUUCAGAAGCUGCCACCCUAGUGAUCACAUUAGAAACAAGUAAUUGAAGCACGAUAACUAAUAUUAUUUAAACUAUUACAAUUAAUGAGAUGCAAUUCCAUGGCAAGUUAUACUGACAAAAGAAAAAUGUGUUGACUUUUUUCUAGAUUUAGAAAGGGCAUUCAGCUUGGUCUAAUAUGAUUAAGAAGUUUAAAAAGUAUCUAAACAAAAGGUAAUCUUUUUUCCCUCUAUAAAGCUGGUACAACUGUGGCAGUAAUUUUGUUUAGGAAACAUUUGUAAAAGGGAACUGUAUUCACUCUGAACCUUACAUGACUAGAAUUUGGUUUACAGUCCUUUCAGAAACAAUCAGCUUUUUAACACUAGUGUCCUUA